AAUAUAAAAUAGUCUAGAAAUUUAAGAAGAAAGUAACUACUUCUUUAAUUUUCAUAAGUAACGAGAGAAAAUAACUAUGAAUCAUGGUGAAUGUUAUGAAAGGAGUUCUCGUUGAAUGUGAUCCAGCGAUGAAACAAUUCUUGCUACACUUAGAUGAGACUCUUGCACUCGGAAGGAAGUUUAUUCUCCAAGACCUUGACGAAACACAUUUGUUUAUAUCAUCAGAUAUAGUGGAAACAUUACAAGCUCGUGUUGAUGAUUUAAUGGACCAAUUAAGUAUACCAGUACACGACAAAGGACUGUAA